UAUGAAGAUGCAGAUGGUAUUGUCAAUGAGGAUCUGCCCAACAGCUGGGAAUGUCCAGAAUGCGUUAAAGAAGGAUAUAAUAAGGAGUACAAACACAAUCGGGUUCCAAGCAGUCGAACCUCAACAGCAGGGAGUGACACAGGUGAUAUAAAGACUCCACAGGUCUUGUCCGAAGCAGAAGAAGAUGUGAAGGUUAAACUAGAGACAUUGGAGAAUGGAGGAGGAAAAUCUUUUGAUCCCAAGAAAGAUAUAUCUCCAGUGAAGGUGAAGCAAGAGUCGUGACCAAAAAGAGGCUUGUGUUCCACUGACAGUGCGUUCAAUUGAAAAAUGAAACCUAGUUUUCGUGCAGUAAGGAUAUGCCAACCUAUGGAGGGAUGUGUUAAAGAAAAUAAAUUAUGCUGAUAGUAUCUGUUGCUAGAGAUUCAAAGCAAUGUACAUACAUACCUCUGGAGUGAAAGUUCAUCCCUUUUUUGAUAUACUGAGGAAGUCAUAAUUUAAGAAAAUUAGAAGAGUGAUGAUUUAAGUGCAAUUUUCAAUUAAUAGUAGUUUGAUACUGAGUCUGUCUGUCUGUAUUCAGAUGUUCAAAUU